CGCGCUUGCAGCGUCAUCCCGGGGGCCGGUUUGAAUGAGACCCCGAGCGGGGCUGGGACCCGCCGCCCACACCGCCCGCACCGCCCGCACCGCCCCGACAGCGCCGCUCCCCGCCGCGCCUCCCCUUCCCUGCCGCCCGCCCGGGACGCGCCGCUCCGCCAUGCCGCUCUUCUCAGUUAAUGUGAAAUGGGGAAAAGAGAAAUUCGAUGGCGUGGAGCUGAACACUGAUGAACCUCCAAUGGUCUUCAAAGCCCAGCUUUUUGCACUGACUGGAGUUCAGCCAGCUAGACAGAAGGUUAUGGUUAAAGGAGGAACUCUGAAGGAUGAUGACUGGGGUAACCUAAAAAUAAAGAAUGGGAUGACCUUACUAAUGAUGGGUUCCGCAGACGCACUUCCAGAAGAGCCGAUUGCUCGACCCGUCUUUGUAGAAGACAUGACAGAGGAGCAGUUGGCUUCAGCUAUGGAAUUGCCAUGUGGAUUGACGAACCUUGGCAACACUUGCUACAUGAAUGCUACGGUUCAGUGUAUCCGCUCAGUGCCAGAAGUGAAAGAGGCCCUUAAAAGGUAUGGUGGUGCCUUAAGAGCUUCAGGAGAAAUGGCCUCUGCUCAAUACAUUACUGCAGCUCUUAGAGACUUGUUUGAUUCCAUGGAUAAAACUUCCUCCAGUAUCCCACCUAUCAUUCUCCUGCAGUUUUUACACAUGGCCUUCCCACAGUUUGCAGAGAAAGGUGAUCAAGGCCAGUACCUUCAACAGGAUGCCAAUGAGUGCUGGGUGCAGAUGAUGAGGGUGCUACAGCAGAAGCUGGAAGGCAUAGAAAGUGAUACAGUUAUGGAGACAGACUCUGGAGCUACAGCAGCAUCUUCUAAAAAGAAGAGUUUAAUUGAUCAGUUCUUCAGCAUUGAAUUUGAAACAGCCAUGAAAUGUACAGAAGCCGAAGAAGAGGAAGUAACUAAAGGAAAGGAGAAUCUGCUUCAGCUUAGCUGUUUUAUCAAUCAAGAAGUGAAAUAUCUGUUUACAGGACUAAAAUUGCGUCUUCAGGAGGAAAUCACCAAACUCUCUCCAACGCUGCAAAGAAAUGCACUCUAUAUCAAAUCUUCCAAAAUCAGUCGCUUGCCAGCGUACCUGACUAUUCAGAUGGUCAGAUUUUUUUACAAAGAGAAAGAAUCUGUGAAUGCCAAAGUUCUUAAGGAUGUUAAAUUUCCUCUUAUGUUGGAUGUGUAUGAGCUGUGCACGCCAGACCUUCAGGAAAAAAUGGUUUCUUAUCGAUCAAAAUUCAAAGAUCUAGAAGACAAAAAAGUAAAUCAACAGCCAAAGAAUUCUAGUAAAAGUGAUGGUGCACAGAAAGAAAUUAAAUAUGAACCAUUUUCUUUUCCUGAUGAUAUUGGUUCUAACAAUUGCGGCUAUUAUGACCUGCAGGCAGUGCUAACACAUCAAGGCAGAUCAAGUUCCUCUGGGCAUUAUGUGUCUUGGGUUAAAAGGAAACAAGAUGAAUGGAUUAAAUUCGAUGAUGACAAAGUCAGCAUUGUUACACCUGAAGAUAUUUUGAGGUUAUCUGGGGGUGGAGACUGGCAUAUAGCUUAUGUUCUACUCUAUGGGCCUCGCAGAAUUGAAGUGGUUGAAGAUGAAGCUGAACAGUAGUCUUCCGUUUUAGUCAUUCUGCCUAGGUGUGAAAUAAAUGUUGAUUACUGAUCACUUCUUUAACCCCAGAGCUUUAGCAAGUGGAUACAUAAUUUGUUCAAACCUUUUCAUGUGAAGAGGGAUAUUGUUUUAAAACUGAUCCAUGUACCAAUUAGUCACUACUGGACUGGACUGCCAAUUGUGGUGGUGACAAUACUUAAAAUAGCUUUAAUGUCUUGCAGAAGAUAAUUUUUUUUUAAAAUGAGCCUCUCCUCCUUCUUCUCUAAUGUCAUCAAGUAUUUAUUACACACCUACUCUCACAUUUGUUACUCUUGCAUGGUUUAUACCACAAUUCAGUAGCUGUCCAUCCUUUGCCUUACCUGGCAGUUUUGUUAGGAAGGCAGAAGAGGAACCGUUGCCUUGUUGUGUAACUCAGUGCUGCUGCCCGUAGCCAACAGCUGUGGCUACAAUCAAGUAUUUGUCCAGCCUGACCUGCUGAUUCAGUCUGUUCUGUUGCUGGCAUCUCAUGAUUUCAAAAUAAAUUGUGAUCAGCAAUGUGUCUCCAUUAAAAACAGUUCCUGUCCUGGUA